CACUGGGAGUCUAUACCAAGAAAUACAACAUGCAGCCUAGUGAACUUGAGUUUCUGGAAGUGAAAGAAAGAAACCUUAUUGAUGAAAGCGGGGCAGGAUAUUUGCAUUAUAACUUCUCAGUGAAAGAAUUAGAUGGUAAACAUACAAUGUUUUUUGCUGAGGUGCAUCAUGAUCUGGAAGAUGAGGAUGAAGUCUAUCUUUGCAUGCCUUUGGAAGAGGAUGACUUCAAUCCAUCAAAAGAGAAUGACCAAGCUCUCUGUAAAGCGUGUCAACAUGAGGCAAAAGGUCUUAUACAUCCCAGUUGUGGUACCUUUCUAGGUGGGCACAAAAGAAUAUGUCCGAGAGUGCAGUGGGACAGCAUUGAUGACGAGACUGAUUACGAAUUCGUUUAGUGGGAAGUUUCUAUUAGUCAGUUGUCUUAAGAGAGGAGUGGUAUUAAUUCACAUGGCAUG